UAACAAGUAAUAAAGAAGAAGUAAAGAAACGAAAAACUAUCAAGAAAAUAUCAAAAUUUUGUUUUUCACAAUCACUUUAUGUCAACACUUGAAAAUUAAUUAAUAGAAUUUUUAUAUUCACAAUUCAAAACAACGAAAAUAAACAAAAUUAAAGCAAAUGCGCCAAAUAUAGCUUGAACACAAUGUUCAUAGAAAUCAUAAAUUCGCCGAAAGAAUUUUAACUCAUAUUGACAAAAAUAAAAAAAUUAAUAAGCAUUUGAAGUUACUUUUAUUUGUUGCUAACGUAUCUUGUUUAUAUUUUGUAUACAUCACCAUGCCUCCAAAAGGAAAUAGACAAGGGGCAAAGAAGAAAGACGAUACUGUUCGCAUUGACCCAAAAAAGCAUGAUGCAAAGUUAAAGGAAAUCGAGGAGAGGCACAUAGCUGAUGUUCUGGCCGCUCAACAGGAAGUCUUAGAUGAAGCUUUACUCGAUGACGAAGAAAUGUGCGAAGAAGAAGAUGCAGUAAAGGAACAAUAUUCUGAAAUUGAAUCACCUGUUGUAGCAGGACACAUAGACCUAUCAUUCACCGAGACUGCCAAUGAUUUUGCAAAUUCUCCGCAAUGCUACCCACCAAGUUAUUAUACCUUGUCGCCUAAGGAACGUAUUUUACUACUGUAUGCAGAUAAUUUUCGCAAACAAUUCGGAACACUUUAUCCAGAGAGAAGACCAUUAGUACUGGCUUUGCCAAAUGAAUGCAAUAUUCAGAAAUUUGUUUGCACCACAAUACGACCAACGGCAUUUUCACACAUUCCCUUGAUUGGCAGUGAAAUUGAAUGCGCGAAAUUCGUAGCUGACUUCAUUAUAUACGAACCACUAGAGGACAUAAUGAAAUUCUUCCGCUUAGAUCAAAAUGGACCUCAUCAGACAUAAACAGACAAUUUAUCAAGUUAAUGUCUUCUUCGGACAUUUCAAUCAUUUUUUGGAAAAAUUCCAGGCGAAUAGGCAAAUCUAGAAGGCAUAACUGGCUUGUUAUUUGAACUUUGCACGGAAAGAGGUUUAAGUCAUCACGAAUUAUCCGUUGUAAUGAUCGUCUACGAACUCCAAAUUGCGUCGAUAAGUUGCAAGUCGAAACUCUUGGAUUUGCCUGAAUCGACGAUGCAACAGCUACGAUUGUUUCUUGAACAUGAAUAUACAGAUCUCGAUAGUACGGUCUUCUUGCGAUAGUUCUAGAUUCGGCAAACAUGUUUACCAACCUCAUAAUGAUUCAUCUACUCGGGGUGUGCCGCAAAAAUCCCGUCUGAAUUCCCUUUGGACGGAAAUGACGGUCUGCAAAGCAUGGUACCGCUGCACUAUCCAACCCUCUUUUCAGUAUCCCAAUCAUUAAUUUUUAAAAAAUUUAAAAAAUAACCUGCCAAAUAAAAAAAAGGAAGCCGAUUACUCACACAGAAAAAAAUUUAUUACGGUUUGUUGUUGUAGCAUUAUUCGUGAGCCUUGUAUUAAUUGGCCCUUUAUUUGUAAACUGGAAUGUGAAAAAAUCAGAUGAAAUUUAAUAUUGUGUUAUAUGGGAAGGAGGCGUGCUUGUGCCCUGAUUUUCUCCAUUUUUACUCUGAAAAAUGUUAUAUACCGAAUUAACUUGAAAUCGGUUGAGCAGGUUCCGGGCUAUGUAAAUUCACCAAAAAGUGAACGCUGUUACUCCCACUGUUGUAAAAUUAGAUGUCUCUCACGCAUUUGGUUAUUGAUUUAUUACACUUUUAGUAGUUUUUAACAAAACCGUUAUAUGGAGAGUGGGCGGGGUUAUCAUCCGAUUUCACCUAUUUUCACACAAUCGUAAAAAAGUUUGAAAAAAUUUGUUCUGCACAAAUUUGGGUGAUAUAUCUAUCUAUCUAUCGAACUUAUUAGGGGUGGGGCCAUGCCCACUUUUAACGGCUUAGUUAGCUUAGCUUCAUCAAGAUAUCUUAAUCAAGUUAUUGCUUGCAUAAAAGGAUGACUCGAAAUUCAACUCGUCUCAUCAACCUGAUCAUUUAUAUAUAUAUAUAUAAUCUUAUAUGAAACUCAAGUAGUUUUAGGUGACACAAACAACCCUUAUUUGAACACACCUUGUAUACUCUGAAGCAACAUGUCGUAAGAGUAUAAAAAGAAAAAAUUGAUUUUUAUUGCAUUCCAGUAGAAAUUUAAAAAAUCGAACAAAAUUCAGUUUGCAUUCUAUUCGAAUAAAUAAACGUCCACUUAGUAGUUAUAAGAAUUUUCUGUUUCUGGUCAUCUCUUUUUGGUUUGUGUAAUAAGUGUGUCAUAUUUUAUAGCAAAUACUUGCGUGUUUUUAUAAAGUGCGUAGAUUUUUGGGUGAAAAUAAGUGCUUAUCGUUUUGAACGGUAUUUUCUGUAAAUAUAAAAGUGUUAUUUAUAUGAGUUAAGUACGUGAGCAACAAAAUGUUCCAAAUAUAAUAUAUAAAUAUAUAUAUUUUUUUAUUAAUAGGGAUACUAUGCCCUAAUGGUAUGGUUCAAGUCAUAUUCAAGGGAUAUAUUAUCCCACUGGCGUAUAGUAGUCAAAUGAAAAUAAUCAAUAUAUUAUUGUAUUUAACAAUAUCUUAGAAUGAAUAGAAGAAGCUUUGGUGUAAGUCUGAACACAAAUAAAAUGACUGCGAUACUAGAUACUAGCGACUUUGACCUCAGCGAUUUAAGUGCGUCUGAUUCCGAGUACAUUCCAAAUUCUGAUGCAUAAAUACAUGAACACUCUAGCAAUUCCGAUAAGGAUACAGAGAAAGAAAAUAUAAUAAUUCACAAAUAUUGAGGAGUGAGGGUUACUAUCUUUGAGUCUCUGGCGAAGAUUACGCUGCUAAUGAAAAUUCCAAUUUUCAUGUCUUGUGGGGAGCACCAUCAGACUUAUUUUGUUCUUGAUUUUCUAUCAUUGAAUAGGUUAAGCCCAUUAUAUUAGCCUCAAUUUCAAGAAAGUCUACUCAGCUACAAAUAUUCAAGUGUCUAUUUCCAGAAUCAUUAUUUAUUUUCAUUGCACAGUGAAGUUUUUGUUGGGAAUAUCUCUUAAAAUGGGUUAUAAUAGACUUCUUAAGAUAUCUGGUUACUGUUCUCAAAAUGAAUCUAUGGGAAACCAGUUUAUAAAAUGAACUAUUACACGAAUAUCAAAAUUAAAUGUCAAAACUUUAUUUUAAUUCUCCUGAGCAACCGUAACGGGCAUCUAAACGUUAUUAUAUAGAGAAGGGAAUAGGUUUUCAAUUGUAUGAAAUAUACCUUUAGCAACGGUUGCAGUGAUAGAUCACGUUAGAUCAUUGAUGAAUCGAUGGCUAAAUUUAAAGGGAUGUCAUCGAUAAAAUAAUAUAUCCCGUUGAAGCCGAUUAAACGAGGCAUCAAAAUUUGGCAAAGAUGUGAUUCCAAAAGUGGAUACACUUAUGACCACAAUAUUUACACCAGCCCCAUCUGGAAAUUCGGGUGAAAGGGUGGCUACUAAGUUGUGCGAAACUAUGCGCAAUCUAGAUACGGUUUUGGUUUUUGGUGGCUUCACCUCAUACAAUCUAAUGAAAACUUUACCAUUUUCAUGUGUCGGAACAUGUGUUCCAAAUAGAAAAAACUUGCUAAUUGUUAAUGACUGUUUGAAAAAAGGAGAAUAUAUAUUUCGCAUUAGUGAUGCGGGAAUAAUGGUGGCAAAAUGGCGUGACUUACGUAAAGUCAUUGUUGUGAGUAACUGUCACAAGCCUACAGUUUUCACAGUCUUGAGAACGCAGAAAGAUAGAUCUAGGCUUUCUGUCAGCUGUGCUGAAGCCUUGGUUUUUUAUAAUCAGAGAAUGGGGGAGUUGAAAUAUCUGAUCCAAAAGUUGAAACCUAGAAAAUCUCGAAAUGGUGGCAUAAAGUUUUUUCAAACUAUCAAUGACUUCUGCUGUAAAUGCAUAUUAUAUUUAUCAGGAAAACAUUCAGAAAAAAUCACAAAUAAAAGAAUUCGUUGUUCCACUUGCAGAACAACUAAUUGCGCAAGGUAGAGCUGGGACAAAAUUCAAAAAAAGUAUCUUUAGGUCCUAGAUCAAAUAUACCAAACAAAAGUUUAAAUGUAGGGGAUCAUAUGCCAAUAAAAGAAGAUGGACGUUGACACUGUAUUUAAUGCAGCUCCAUAAAGAAGGAAAAACGUACAUAUUACAUAUAGCCGAUAUGUUCUGAAUGCUUUGGUAAAUUUCAUGAAUAAAAUAAAAAAAAAAAAACAGAUAUAACAUUUUUAUUUAUUAUUUGAGACUAAUUACAAAUACUAGAAAAAGAAGAAUGUUCUAUGGUUCAAGAAAUUUCUUUUGAAUUUUUGUCAUUUACCAGUUUAAGGUACUAAAUUUAAUAUUAAAAUUAAAUUUGUACAUAUGCUAACAACUAUAAUAAACAUAUUAAUUUAACAAAUUUACAUAGUUACUAAUUUCCAUUGGUUAUUAUAAUUUCUCUUUUGAAUCUAAGUUUGCAAAAUUGCAAUUUACGCAACCAAAUAUUAAAAUAUCAGACAUUGGCAUUUUAUCAUUGUAUAAAUCUACAAGUAACCAACCCUAAGCUUUUCACUAAUGCAAACGCAAAUUCUACUACUAAAGUCACACUAGGUACGGGUUGCCUACUUAUAUUAUACUACUAAGUCACACUUGGUGCGGGUUGCUUACUAAUAUUCUACUAAUAAAACGUCCAAAUGCCUCAAAUCUGCUAUAGUGUGUUGAAGUGUUAUGUUUUAAAAUUUAUAACUUGAAGAAUGUUUUUAUUACAUAUUCAAAUAUGUGUUGAUUUUUAAAAUUCCUAAAGAUUAAAUUUAGAUUUAAUAAAUAUUAUAUCGCUGUGGGUGACUUGGAAUAUUUUGUAAAUAUUAUUUAAUAAUUAGUACUUUGUUUGGAUUAUUAUUAAUUAUGAAUAUUGUUGAAAUUAGUACAAGAAGAUUGUCAAAAUAUGUGACAAAUUUGUUAAUGAAUACAAGUGAAUUGUACCUGGUUUUAUAUAUUCAUUUUGGUUUUUGUUUAAGUUGAUUAUAUCGAUUUAUAUUGUUAAUGUCAAUACUAUUCGUGAAGUGUACCUGAUUUUAUAUAUAUGUUUAUUUUAUAGUUAUAUUUGUUACGAAAAGUAGAUUGAUUUGGAAUUGUAUGUAUUAUACGCGUGAAUAUAGGCCUCCUGGGGAACCGAACACCCAUAAAAGAUCGGUAACACGCCCACAUUGAAUCCUCAGAGGAGGUGAGAAAAAAUAAUAUAUAUGUAAUAAACUUUUGUUUCGAAAAUA